GUUAUAAAGUUGACUCUCUUCGGCUAAACAGAUAGUUGACAGCAGAUCCCCGACCUGAAACACCAUGAUUUUACUGACAAUGGUUGCUCGUGUGGCGGACGGACUUCCGCUCGCUGCGUCUGUACAGGAGGAUGAACAGUCAGAAAGAGAUCUCCAGCAGUACCAGAGCCAGGCCAAGCAGCUGUGUCGUAAACUGGACGCUCAGAGUCCAGAACGCUGUACCCUCGAGGCCGGAGACAUGAACUUUCACCUUUUAAUAGCCCAGGGUGUGUGCUACCUGUCCCUCUGCGAGGCUUCUUUUCCCAGAAAGAUGGCUUUUGCAUACCUCGAAGACCUCAGCAAUGAGUUUUAUGACCAGUAUGGAAAAAGAAUACCCACAGUAACCAGGCCCUACUCUUUCAUAGAGUUUGACACCUACAUCCAGAAAGUUAAGAAGUCAUAUGUGGACAGCAGAGCUCGGAGGACCUUGAGCAGUGUUAACACAGAGCUGCAGGACAUCCAGAGAAUUAUGGUUGGAAACAUUGAGGAAGUCCUGCAGAGAGGAGAAGCUCUUUCUGCUAUAAGCACAAAAGCCAGCAAUCUCUCCAACAUGGCAGAAAAGUACCACAAGGAUGCCAAAUAUCUCAACACCCGCUCCACCUAUGCUAAGUUUGCAGCCGUGGCUGUGUUCUUUAUCACACUCAUCAUCUACGUGCGUUUCUGGUGGCUCUGAUGUACGCCCAGAAAUUUCAACACGAAGCUAGAGUUUCUCCUCGAAGAGCACUUAAACUCAUGUUACAGUCUGUUAUAUACCAGGGUGCCUUGAAACAGUCUUAAAGAAUGUAGAUGUUCUUUCUGUGAUUUACUCAGUCGUGGUUUAUACAAUAGAAGCUGAGCUGUAAGUCUUUAAUGGGACUUUUAAUGGGUUUUUGUGUGAAAGAAAGGCUUUCAUAUAUAGUAAAUGUGUAUACUGGAAAAAUUAAAGGGGACCCAUCAGGUUCAUUUAUGGUUUCACAUUUAUAGCUUCAGAGCAGUUUUGCGUGAGUCAAAGUUCAAAUGAAGCUUCUUGAUCUUACACUGGGCCUCAAUUAAAUUUCAUGCAAGCUUCACCUUUUUUAGCCGACUUUUUCUCAUCGGCUGACACUCAUAAGCGGUGGUUGGGGUGUCUGUGCUCACAGGCAGAGCUGUGUGCCCGAGGUGACCAGAUUAGAGAUCUGCACUGUUAUAUAUAUACAAGAGAAAACAAGCAAGAGCAUGAUAGGUCACCUUUAAGAGCAGAAAGAGUUCAUAUUUCUACACACUGAUGUUGGAGCUUCUGUUAGCGUGUUAGCACUGAUGAGAAUCCAUGAAAGCAUGUGCAGGGGUUAGAGUCUUAAAACUGAUCAAAUGUGAAUGUUUGUUUACAAAGUUUACACAAGUGUGAGAAAGUGUUAUUAAAAAUGUUAAAUAUUUAUCAAGAAA